AUUCACCUCCAUUAACCGCAUUCCUUCAUGUAACAAAAUGCCGGAAGUCAAACAAUCUUAUAGUCAUGAGACGACGGUGUUGUCGACCUAUUCGAAGCAAAAAAAAGCUCUCAUUAUGCAUAGUUUUUUAUUCCUGAUCAUUUACAUCUUAUAUGGAUUCCUUGACAGUAUUAACCGAACUGUACCUCAAGGGAUAUCGCUAAUAUGGCAGAAGGAAUGGAGUUGCCAAGCGCUACAUGCUCGUCGUAAAAUCAUUACUAGACUUUGCUCAGGAUAUUUCAAUCAUGAGGUUGGUGGCAACCUCUGUCAUGAUCUCUGCGUCACCAAGAAACUAACCUUAUCAAGUUGUAUAACACACAAAAACUCCACCUUSGUAUUCACUGGGAAAUGGAAACACAAAAAGGUGGUUUUUAAGAGGAAAGCAAGAACUCGAAGCUAUGAUUAUGAAGACUCGAGGCUUUCCUAUAUCUUAGCUAAUUCAGAUAAAGAUUCUUCCAAGAAGCCAUCAUAUUACCUAAAAGAGUAUUUAAACUUUGUCUACGAACAUAUCCUCAAUGAAGUCCACUUUAAAAAGCUACAAGAACAGAAAACCCCCAAGGAUAUUCUUACACUGUUGUACCAUCCUCAUCCUCUYACAAACUUUUCCUUUGCUGACAUGYGAAGCCUCUGGCAGCUUCUCCAACAAGAGGAAUUCAUCAAAUUACAACUCUUACAAGACAUGAAGCAUAURCCAAGAGUCUAUGGGUUUUGUGGGGUCUUUUAUGCUGUCGAAAGGGUCAAAAAUCUGGAAAACUAUUUAGAUGUGUUUUUUAAGAAGCUGAAGCCAUGGACUGAGAGGGUUCACAUAGCACAGGAAUUGCUUGACUUGGCUAGAGAGUUCAAGAAAACCUCACUUGGAAAACUCGAUCAUUGCGAUGUUCAGCCUGGUAAUUUUGGAGUCAAUGAAGACGGGGUAGUUGUUGCACUGGAUAUUGACACAGUGUUCACAGCUCCGCAGAUGAAAGAGUAUAUGGCUCAGGGCAACUGCUCUGGCAACAAUGAUUGUACGUUCUUUGACUGUAUGUCGCUUUGCGAUAAAAAAUCAAACCUUUGCACCAGUACCGUACUAUCAAAUAACUUACACAUCAUCUGUCGAGAUUUGCUUGUGUCCAUUUGGGCGGAGCCAGGUAUAUUAAAGAGGUCGCCAAUAUAUGCAGCUAAUAAAUUGGAUCCUAUCUUAAAUGAGUGUUCUGCCGAACCCAGGUAUCCAUGGAAACUAGGGAAAAGGAAUAGGAUUUGGAAGAGACUGAUGGACCUACUGAAUGAAGAUUUGCAUAAAUAAAUUAUAUUUUUCUGGGGUUUUUAUGGUUCAAACAGCUAUUUUUGAUAUUGUUUUGAUUUUUUUAGGCUAUUUUUGUUAACAAAAAAAAAUUAUUUUUAAAUUAAUUUAUAUAAAUGUUUUCAAUAAAUUAAGACACUUUGUCAUAUUUUUGUAGAGAAAAUUUCUAAAUUAUGAAUUUUGACAUUUAAUGUUAUAUCCUUUACAGUAAAAGACCUGGGAAACGAGAUGCAAUAAAAUUAUUUAUAAAUACAACUUUAAUAAUUAAAAUGA